UUUGGCUCAAAAUUCUAAAUUCCUUGUGCUUUAAAAACUCUUUCUUUCUCGAUUUUGAAGCAGUCUCUCUAACCAGAGCCUUAUUAUAGGCACAAACCCCGUUCUUCUCUCUCUUUUGCGUUGUUUGGCUAUUGGGUUUUUGGUGGCUCACAAUCCCAAAUAAGCAUCUCUCUUUUUUGUAUGUGUUUAGCCGCAAAACCUUCCCUUUCUUUCCCUUUCAAUGGAGUUGUAAAGUAAAAAAGGGGGAUGAUGAUUAUGAUGAAUCAAUGAGCUACCACCGACUCUGUCCUUUCUCUCUUUUUUUCUUAUUCUCCUCCUCCGUUUUUAUAGAAUUCAAAGUCAACCUUCUCGUCUCGUCUUCUCUCUAACGAACUUGUUUCUUUGAGAGAGAGGUGGGAUUUGGGUUUAUGGGUUUUGCCUUUGGUGGCAUGCGGGCGGCUUUUCAUUCUGUUUAAAGGUUUAUUUAUUGAAAUUUUAUUUUGGGGUUUGUUUUGAAUUUUGUUUGUUUUUAAAAUUAUUGGGUCGUUAGUCUCCAUUAACAUAAUGGUUGGAAUUGGGUCGUUUUCUUAGGGUUUACUUUUUGUUUUUAUUUGUAUUUUAUUUGUGGUUUUAUUUAAAUCAGUUGAUGCAAUAAAAAAUUGGUUGGUGAUAGGGAAUUUGGGGUUUUUUUAGGUCAAUUUUUUCAGGCAGUACAGAGAAAGUAUUUUGCUUACUCAUUUUCUGAUUGGUGAGGAAUCUAUUAUAAAAUUUUGGUUAUAAGGUCAAUAUUGGAUGGAAGGAUUUUGGGUUGGUGAAUUGGGUUUCUAUUUGAUCAAAAUUUUCACUACGGUAUUUGAUCGGUAAUUUGAUCUUUGGUAAGCCUUGUUGAAUUUUCGUUGCCGAUUGAAAAUUGCAUGUUCUUUUAUCAUUAAUGUUUAUUGGAAUUCGAAGACAAUGAUGCAAAAUUGAAAUUUAUAUGGAUCAGUUCUUUAUAGGAUAGUAAGCAACAGUAUUGUUUCUGGCUUUUGUUAUUUUUUGAUUGCUGCCUGAGAUUUAAGGCUAUCUUUGAGAUUUAAGGAAUCAUAUUUGUAUUUGGUUCUUUACAAUGGAUUCAAGAACAAGUGGUGAUGCCGGAGGUAUCACGGCAGAGGGGAAAUCUGAUAAUCAAUCAAUGGUGAAAGGUACAGGAAGUGUUAGUAGCAAAGAUAUGAUUUUUCGAGCAGAUAAAAUCGAUCUUAAGAGCUUGGAUGUACAGCUGGAGAAGCACUUGAGCAGGGUUUGGUCUAGGAACGUUGAGAACCAAAGGCCUGCAGAAGUUUGGGAGAUCGAUUUGUCUAAAUUGGACAUAAAGCAUGUCAUAGCCCACGGAACUUAUGGGACUGUGUAUCGUGGUAUCUACGAUAACCAGGAUGUUGCAGUGAAGCUAUUGGACUGGGGUGAGGAUGGUAUUGCCACAACUGCUGAAACUGCUGCUCUGCGGGCAUCAUUUCGGCAAGAGGUUGCUGUUUGGCACAAGCUUGACCAUCCUAAUGUCACAAAAUUUGUUGGAGCAUCAAUGGGAACAUCAAAUCUCAAAAUUCCUGCAAAAGACAUGUCUGAUGGUCAAACUUCUCUCCCUUCCAGGGCAUGUUGUGUAGUUGUUGAGUAUCUCCCUGGUGGCACUCUAAAAAAUUACUUGAUAAGAAAUAGGCGGAAGAAACUUGCUUUUAAGAUUGUGGUCCAACUGGCUUUGGAUCUCUCUAGGGGACUUAGCUAUCUACAUUCAAAGAAAAUUGUACAUCGUGAUGUCAAAACUGAAAACAUGUUAUUGGAUUCUCAUCGAACUCUUAAAAUCGCUGAUUUUGGUGUUGCCCGUGUUGAAGCUCAGAAUCCAAGGGACAUGACUGGUGAAACUGGUACCCUUGGAUACAUGGCCCCAGAGGUUCUUGAUGGCAAGCCAUAUAAUAGAAGCUGUGAUGUCUACAGCUUUGGCAUAUGCUUGUGGGAAAUUUAUUGCUGUGAUAUGCCCUACCCUAAUCUUAGCUUUGCUGAUGUGUCAUCUGCUGUUGUUCGACAGAAUCUACGACCAGAGAUCCCAAGAUGCUGUCCAAGUUCUUUAGCAACUAUCAUGCGAAAAUGCUGGGAUGCAAAUGCAGAAAAACGUCCUGAAAUGGCUGAGGUGGUGCGUAUGUUAGAAGCCAUCGAUACAAGCAAGGGAGGAGGGAUGAUUCCUGAUGACCAGGCACCUGGCUGUUUCUGUUUUGCCCCUGCUCGUGGUCCUUGAGUUCCUUGUUUGUCCUUUUGUCCAUUCUUUUGAUUCUCAUUUUUUUUGAAAGCACAGAUGGAAUGAUGUCAACUAGCUUUUUGAUUGAUUUUUGCCUGCCAUUUUCUUUACAGUAAUGAAAACAUGCUAUAAGGUUCAUAAA